AUGAGCUGCCGAAAUCAGGCUGCCACUGUCGAGGAUGAAGACGACCUGCCGAGCUUCCUAGCUCAGGGGAGACACGAUGCGAUGGAAGAAAUCCGUCAGCAUCCUCAUAAUCAAGGUGGAUCCAAACUGGCUGCGGGAGACAAGAUCCACACCAACAUCGCCUGCACGGAUGGCGAUGGCACCGGCACCAUGGAGAUCGACGAGCUCGCCUCCUCCCCUGAGCAGCUUCUCCUUGGGCCCUGCUACCCCUCCGUCGCCGUUGACCGGUUUGAGAGAUCGACGAGGCGUAUAGGAGCCAAACCAGGCGCCGUAGACGGCUAA